CAUACUCUUGCAUGCUUGUAUCUAUUCUUUUCUUGGCUGCCUAUUCACCUGAAAUUCAAUAUGUCACUGUUCCUUGCUCUCUUUGCUCUCAGUGGCAUAUUCCUGGAAACAGUACGAGGGACUUUGGAAAUGAUGCAAUUUGAGAAUUUCAUUGCACAAUUUAACAAGACCUAUGCAAGUAAAGAAGAAUUCCAUCGUCGCUUUGCUAUAUUUCAAAAGAAUUUGGAAGAGGCAAAGCGUCUGCAAAGAGAAGAACGCGGAACUGCACAGUAUGGCAUCACAAAGUUCAGCGAUCUUACAGAUGAGGAAUUUCUGAGAUGCAGACCAGAUCACAGAGCAUAUUUUGAGAGCCAAACAUUAUUGAGACAAGUGACAGAAGAAAAUGCACCUGUAAAAACAUGUGACUGGCGUAAAAAAGGAGUCAUUUCAGUGCCCAAAAAUCAGGGACCAUCCUGCCUUUCUUGUUACGCCUUUGCGGCUGUGGGUAACAUUGAAGCACAAUGGGGAAUCUGGGGAUCUCCAAAGAAUCUAUCAGUGCAGCAACUAGUAGACUGCUCUAAAUGCGGAUGCCAAGGAGGAUACACAUGGAAUGCUUUUAUGACUGUAAUAAAAAUAGGUGGAUUAACAAAUGAGAAAAAUUACAAAUACACUGGAAAGAAGAGCACAUGCAAAACAAAUCUGAAACCUGAGGCAACUAUUCAAGACUUUGUGAUACUUCAACGAAAUGAGACAGUGAUUUGCUCUCAUGUGUCCUACAAAGGAACGGUUACUGUGGCUAUUAACCAGACUCUACUCAAGCAAUAUCAGAAAGGAGUUAUUGAUCCUCAUCCUGAGAAGUGUGACAACAAUGUAGACCAUGCUGUGUUAAUAGUAGGCUUCUCCAGAGAGAAAAAGUACUGGAUUUUGAAAAACAGCUGGGGUAAUGACUGGGGAGAAAAUGGUUUUUUCAGAUUGCGUCUUGGCUCAAAUGCUUGCGGCAUUGCUGAGUACCCAGCGUCUGCCAUUGUGAAUACUGGAACCUUCAAAAGACACAUUUGCCCACCUUAAGGUCAAGCGAUAAGGGAAUUGCAUAUUUUCGUCUGCUUACAGUGUAGAUGAUAGGAUUCUAUAGGAUCGGCUUUCAUGGUUAAAUAACCACUGAAUAUG